AUGAACCCGAGUCUCGAUCCCCCUCCACAGUGGGCCAUUGACCUGUGGCUGCAGAUCCAGCAACGUGACCACUGGAUCCAGCAGGACUUCCACGACUACGUCCUGCAAUCGGAGCUCCGAAUGCUCCAGCGGCUUCAGCACGCGGAGCACCUGAUCCAGCAGCAGCAAGAGCAGCUUGAGCAAGUGGUGGAGCAGUCAGCACAACUCCGUCGGCAGUUUGCUCGCCUCCAAGAGCAGCAGCAAAAGACCGACGCCAUUCUUCACAACACUCGGGCCGCAGCGUAUAACGCCCGAGUCUUUCGCGACGCUGCAGUUCACGGCGGGGCGCGCAGCAUUCGCCGAUUCGUCAAGACCAAGUCAGGCCGCGGAGGGUUGCUCCCUGGCGCACCAGCUCCGCACUCCGAUAUCCCCCGACUACCCGUGGGUGAAGUUGUCCCCCAUCGAUACUUUCCCGCGAACUACACGUCGUUGAGACGGUGGAGUCACCGCAGGAUCAGUGAGCUCAGCAUUCUGUUGAACGAAGAUUUCGGGAUCGACGGCACGGACAGUUUGGAGGAGCGGCGCAUCAAGUUGCAGCAGUUUCUAGCUGGAGGAAUGGAGUAG